UGAGUUCAUCAUGAUCUACUGGAUCUACAAAUUUCUGGGUGAACAAAUUACAGGACCAAAAAAUACCACACAAUACCAUAUAAUACCACCCUGGUACGGGGUGGUAUUGUAUGGUAUCUUCUUCGUUUUUAAUUCGUUUUUGAAAACGUUUGCACAGAAGGGACGAGUUCAUCAUGAUCUAUUGGAUCUACAAAUUUCUGGGUGAACAAAUUACAGGACCAAAAAAUACCACACAAUACCAUACAAUACCACCCUGGUACGGGGUGGUAUUGUGUGGUAUACAAUGUUAAAAGUCGUAAAUUACAAUUAAUAUACUUCUACUAUCAUGUAUUCAACCAUCCUACAGUAUUGGUUUGUUCAUACCACCAUGGUACGUUUUUCAAAAUAUAGGUAUGCUUUUAUUUCAAUACCAGUCAAUACCAUAUGGUAUAGGCUGGUAAAAAAUGGCUCAAUUUUUUUUGUUCGAAAAAUAUAUUAAAGUGGAUAUCAUUUUGAAGAGCACAAUUAAUCUGAUCUAAAUGUGCAAAAAAAAUUAAAUUUCGACUUAAAAUGAGCGAGAAAUCAUCCGUCAAAGAUUAAAGAGGAAAAAAUUAAAGGCUUUCCAUGAGAGAGAGGAUGCUGAUGUCAUGCUGAUGUGGACGGUUUACUCAUGGUUACUCACCAUAAGAUUACUGACCUGAUCCAUUCCCCCUUUCUCUAUCUCUUGGGACUUGGGAGUUGAGUUGGAGGGACCGCAGAAGGGAGGGAGAGAGUGAGUGUCUUUUAGGCCGUAUUGUUUUGUAUCAUUUACCUCCUUCCCCCAAAACCCCAAACGACAGGGGGAAAGAGAGGGGCAAAGAAAGCCGCCUCACCGGCGGCGUUAGAGAAAUCCCGCAGUCCAUUGGUUUUCCGUCGAGAAGAGCAGGGCCGUGCGGUUUUGGCCGCAAGAAACGCACAUUCGCAUUCCGCGGGUUGAAAGCUGCUUGACUAUUUGAAUAAGAAGGAAAUUUCAAGUAUAAUGGAGGCUGAUGCAUCUGAGGUGCAACAGCCACCCUCUGCUGUCCUAAGAAGCAUAACAUUUGGCAUUGCAACCAAGGAUGAAAAGGAAAAACUUUCAGUUCUGGACAUCACUACGACCAGUGAGGUCACUGACUCAAAAUUAGGACUUCCGAAUCAUAGUUCUCAGUGCUCCACAUGUGGUGCUAAAGAUUUGAAAUUUUGUGAAGGUCACUUCGGUGCUGUGAAAUUUCCUACAAGAAUUCUGAACCCGUAUUUUAUGUCCGAAGUUGUUCAAAUUUUGAAUAAAAUUUGUCCGAGUUGCAAAUCUGUCCGGCAAGAUCUGGUGAAGAAAAAUGAUCCGAGGCCUAAAGAAAAUUUGAGCAAGGGCUGCAAGUACUGUGUGAGGCAGGCAUUGUCAAUAGGAUGGUAUCCAAGAAUGAAAUUCAAAAUUUACUCUGGGGAAAUCUUGCGGAAAACAACAAUCACGGUUGAAAUUGGACAACGACCACCAACAAAGAAAGGGGUCAGAAAACCUUUGGCUCCUGACUUCUGGGAUAUUAUCCCAAAGGAUGAAGAACAAGAUGAAAAUGCUAUUAAGCCAACUAAAAGGAUUUUGACUCAUGGACAGAUAUGCCAUUUGUUAGAGGGUGUUGAUCAUAAGUUCAUUGAGAAGUAUGUCUUAGAGAAAGAAUUGCUCUUCCUCACCAACUUCUCAGUAACUCCGAAUUCUCAUCGUGUGUCUGAAGUAAUGCAUUCAUUUUCCAAUGCACAAAGACUGACAUUUGAUAAUCGCACAAGGGCAUACAAGAAGAUGGUUGAUUUCAGAGGGAAAACGCAUGAAUUGUGUUUUCAUGUUCUCGAGAGCCUUGGAGCUUCCAAGAUAAACCCCGACAGGUCAGCACAGAAUGAUCCUAUUUACAUUCUGCAAAAGAAGAGCGAUGAUGUCACCACCAACUCUUCAGGAUUGAGAUGGAUCAAGGAUGUUGUUCUUGGUAAGAGGAAUGAUCAUUCAUUCCGAAUGGUGGUUGUUGGAGACCCAAGUCUUGAGCUUAGAGAAAUUGGGAUCCCUCGGGAAGUUGCAGAAAGAUUGCAAAUUUCUGAACAUCUGACUGCAUACAACUGGGAAAAGCUGUUAAUCUGUUGCGAAGAACUCCUUCUUGAGAAGGGUUCAAUCCAUGUGAGAAGAUCAAGUGGUCUUGUCCGCAUUCAUCGCACCAAGGACCUGAAAAUCAAUGACGUGAUAUAUCGGCGUCUGAAAGAUGGAGACACGGUCCUCAUCAAUAGGCCUCCUUCCAUUCACCAGCAUUCCCUAAUUGCCCUCUCUGUCAAAAUCCUUCCCGUGCCGUCAGCUCUGGCAAUAAACCCACUCUGCUGUUCCCCACUUCGGGGUGAUUUCGAUGGUGACUGCUUGCAUGGCUAUGUUCCUCAAUCAGUGAACACAAGGACUGAGCUCACCGAGCUUAUUGCUUUAGAUAAGCAGUUGACUAAUGCACAGAGUGGUUCAAAUCUGCUUUCUCUUGGUCAAGAUAGUUUAACUGCGGCACACUUGGUGUUGGAUGAUGGAGUCUUUCUCAACAAGUUCCAGAUUCAGCAGUUGCAGAUGUUUUCUUCAAAGGAAUUAUCUUCUCCACUUUCUGAUGGUGUUUGGACUGGCAAACAAUUGAUUAGCAUGCUCUUGCCAAAAGGGUUUGACUAUGAUUUUCCAUCAGAUAAUGCAUCGAUACGCGAUGGCGAGAUUGUUACUUGUGAUGGAUCUUUAUGGUUACGCGACACAGAGGCAAACCUUUUUCAAAGCCUUGUUCAGUAUUGCCCAGGCAAUGUUCUUGAUUUGUUGCAUGCUGCUCAGAGAGUUCUCUGUGAAUGGCUGUCAAUGAGAGGUCUUAGUGUUUCACUCUCUGACUUUUACCUCUGUCCUGAUUCCUACUCACGUGAAAGCAUGAUGGAUGAGAUUACAUAUGGGAUGAAAGAAGCAGAGAAGACAUGCAUCACAAGGCAGUUAAUGGUUGACUCUUUUCAGGACUUCCUUACUGGUGAAGGGAUUCGAGGUGUGUUUGAUGCAGAGUGCUUGUUCCUUGAAAGACAGAGAUCUGUUUCCCUCAGCCAAGCAUCUGUUGAUGCUUUCAAGCAAGUGUUUCGUGAUAUUCAAAAUUUGGCCUUCAGAUAUUCCUCCAAGGAAAACUCAUUAUUGACCAUGUUUAAGGCUGGAAGCAAAGGAAAUCUACUGAAACUGGCCCAGCACAGCAUCUCUCUUGGCUUGCAAUCUUCUUUGGUUCCAUUGUCUUUCAGAAUGCCUCGUCAGCUUUCAUGCGAAGCUUGGAAUAGGUUUAGAGCCGAUGAGGUUAAUGAGUGUGCCAAGAGGUUUGUUCCAUCUGCAAUGGUCGAGGGUUGUUAUCUCACUGGACUGAAUCCCCUGGAAUGCUUUGUUCAUUCAGUGACAAGCAGAGAAAGCUCAUUCAGUGAUAAUGCUGACCUUCCUGGAACUUUGACUCGAAGGCUUAUGUUCUUCAUGCGUGAUAUUUGUAUUGCAUAUGAUGGCACAGUGAGAAGUGCAUAUGGGAAUCAGCUCGUACAAUUCUCAUACACAGGUCAAAAGGAAGAUUCUAAGAGCACAAUGAAUUGUGAUCCAAUUGGAGGCCAUCCCGUUGGUUCAUUGACUGCUUCUGCCAUCUCUGAAGCAGCAUAUAGUGCUCUCGAUCAACCCAUAAGUCUACUGCAAAAAUCUCCUCUGCUAAAUCUUAAGAAUGUACUAGAAUGUGGUACCAAGAAGAGUAAAUCCCAGAGAACUGCAUCAUUGUUCCUCUCUGCGAAACUUGGAAGAAGAAGAUAUGGGUUUGAAUAUGGAGCAUUGAAAAUUCAGAACCAGUUACAGAAAGUUCUUCUUUCUGACACUGUUUCCAUUGCCAGGAUCAUCUAUACUCCACACGGUGAUGGCAAAGCCCAUUCAAACCCUUGGGUUAUCCAUUUCCACUUGCUCAAGGAAAUCGUGAAGAAGAAAGGGCUACAGGCUGCAUCGGUAGCAGACGCCCUUGCCAACCAGUGCUUAUCAACACCUAAAUUUCCCAAAAUGGAGUUCAAGUGCAGGGGCUGCUGCUCUUUUGGUGAUAACUGGAAGGAAAAGGAAGAAACUUUUUGCAUAACAGCCACGGUGGUUGACAGUUCUAAAAGAUUGUCCACCAAGUUGGAAACUAUUCAAGAUAUGGUGGUUCCUUCUCUUCUCAGAACACCUGUUAGAGGAUCCACUGAGAUUGAUAAGGUGGAUAUUCUUUGGAACAAUAGGCCAAAAGUACAAAAAUCUGGUAAAGCUCCUUCCGGCGAGCUCUACUUGAGAGUUGCUUUAUCUGGAAUAACAGAUACAUCAAAACUGUGGGGCCAACUUCUGAACAGUUGUCUCCCCAUAAUGGAUAUGAUCGACUGGACAAGAAGUCAUCCCGACAACAUAAGAGAUCUAUCUUCUGCUUAUGGUGUGGAUGCUGGUUGGAAAGUUUUUCUCAAUAACCUGGAGUCUGCAGUUGCUGAUGUUGGCAAGACUGUACUUCCACAGCAUUUGCUUCUGCUGGCAAACACAAUGUCGGUUACUGGAGAAUUUGUUGCUCUAAAUGGAAAAGGGUUGAGACUACAGAGGGAGCACUCAAAGAUUUCGACCCCAUUUAUGCAAGCCAGCUUUAGUAACCCUGGAGAUAACUUUAUUCGGGCUGCUAAGAUGGGUGUCACUGAUAAGCUAAUGGGUCCACUGGAUGAUCUUGCUUGGGGAAAGAUGCCUGCUAUCGGCACUGGCAAGUUUGACAUCUUGUUUUCUCAGAAGGGAUAUGAAAUGUCGAAGCCAGCGAAUCCAUACGAGUUCCUUGCUGCAAACAAGACGUCUGAAACCCCUAGGCCGACCAAGUUUGAGAUCCCAGGUUCAUGGAGCAGUAGAUUUGAGAAAUAUGGCAAAGAGCUUCCAUUGAGAUUCAACAAGGGCUCCAGAAAAUUCAGCAUAGCGAAGUCCCUGCGUAGUCAUACCUCGUACGAUGACAUUCUGAAUCUCAGCUCUGAUCUCCGCAAACUCUUAAAUAGCUCUCCUGUGGACGAGGAGCUAGGUGAGCGGGACAAAGUCAAACUGAUGCAAGCGUUAUACUUCCACCCUCGAAAAGACGAGAAGCUUGGAGACGGAGCUCAGUACUUCAAGGUGAUAAACCACCCGAAGCACGAAGGGUCUCGAUGCUUCUCGGUGGUUAGAAGCGACGGGACAAUGGAGGACUUCUCUUACCAUAAGUGCAUCCUUGCGGCGCUCGAUGUCAUAGCUCCUGGGAAAGCCUCCAUCUAUCAACGCAGGCAUUUGCAGAGGCUGGGAGAUAAUGGUGUAGACCCGGUUGCAUAAAACCAACCAGCAGCAAGAAAUCCCAAUGUAGUGUAGUGCAUAGUAGGCAGGCUCUGAACAGUUUGGUGUCUCUGCGCUUUUGUUGUAACCUUUUUUGUUGAGUUUGGAUGCUUCUUCUUUUGGGGGGUUAGAGUAUUAGAGAGGGAUUGUUCGAGAGACAAUCCUCUCCCUGAGCUUUUUUUUGCUCCUUCUACUACUUCCUUUGCCCUUUAUGUGUGGCAUUUGAUUGAAGAUGAAUCAAUUUCAUUCUCAAUCAAAGCGCCAUGGAGUAAAAAGGCGAAGUCUAGUGGAAGCAGCAACGAAAAGCUUGCGUGGAGUGUAGUCAGUCACUAUUCAUUUCUCAAAAUGUUGUAGUCUCUCAUAAAGUGUAGUGUAGUAGUCGUUUCUGUCUGUUGAAAAGCUGCAGACAGUAGGGAAAACAUGUUCUAUGUGACAUUGGAUGAUGAAGAAAAAGAACAUGAACAGAAAACUGUUGGUAGAAGAAUGUUCUCUAGUUACUUCUUCGAUUGCGGGAUGUUUUGUUUUGAGUUC